AUGAUCCAAUGCAGAGCUAACGAGAUCGGGUCCGCAUGCUUCCUCAAUAAUCAGCCAUCAACGACGGUCACGAGCGAAAGGACCGAAUCCCCCUCCAAAGCCAUGGAAUUAUCUUCUCCAGCAGAGCAAAUACCCCACCGCGCCGCAGCUCCGACUCGUCCUGACACAUCACGAGUCGUUUCAGAAGUGGGUCAUCACCCUGCGUGAGGAUGCCCCGCGUCAAGCUGGGCCCUGGGCAGAAGCCAAACGAAACAAAAAAGAAGCGGCAGCGGCAGCGAGCUCGACUCCUCAAACUGGUGGCGAAGAUCACAGCUACGACCUCGAGCGUGAGCUUUCGCUGAUGGAUCGCUUGGUCGGGCACUCGGGUGCACCGGGCUACACCGGCGAGGUCGUCGUCAAGAGAGGCCUAGGACGUCCACGAAAGAAGAAGGGUGAUUUGGACAAUGCUACGCCCGUCCGAUCUCGCUCGACGAGUAGCCAGGUUCGCUCCGAGGAGGAUCAGCAAAGGUACGACAUGAUCAAGACGCUCGAAGCAGCGAUCGGUCGUGAGGCAACGGCCGCGGCCAUUGGUCGGGAUCGCACUUUCGGUGAAGAUACAUCGAUUCAGCAUAUCGGAUCGUCACGCCCACCAAAGCGAUCAAAAUUGCAGACGUCAUCGACAUCGAAGGCUCAUGCUUCCGAUAUGACGUCGAGUCGACCGCCGCGGUGGACACUCAUCUCGGCCGCCGGACAGAUGGCGCCGCGUGCCGCCUCUGCCCCUCUGCUGUCCGGUGGACGACCGACAAGAACGCAUGGCCCCUCAAUGCCUGCUCCCAUGUCGUAUCCGCAUGUUUCAUCCUCGACCGACCUUUCGCUUCCGAAUUUGCUCUACGAGCCUGCGUAUUCUACGCCACAACCUCCGCCGCUUCAACCUCCUCAUCUUAACCCCAAUCAUGCACCGCAAAACUUGUCUCGUCACCACCCCAACCGUCUGACCUUGGACGAACUCCUCGAAUCGCCCUAUACGGAUCCUCCGAUGAUACCUUUGACAAAACGAGUGUUUCAGGCUCAUCCUCUCGUGCGUGCACCUGAACGACCUCGAUCCUCAGCGGUACAAGGCAGGGUGCGCUUCGUCGACGACCAUGUGCCUUCUAGCGAUGCCAUCGGACCCGAUGAGGAUGACGAAGACGAGGAAUUUGAACAGCCGGAUGAGGAUGACGAGGAUGCUUUCGAGGAGGAUAGCUGCGAGGACGACGAGUCGGGGGAUGGAGACGCCGAAGGCCUCGAGGAGGAAUUCACUGACGGCGAGUCAGGUGAUGAUGACGAUGAUGAUGAAGAGGAAGGCGAGGAUGAGGAAGGUGGGGAUUGGUUGACGGGCUUCGUCAAGGGUCAGUUGAUGCAUUCGGGUCAAGGCGCCGGACAGGAAGAAGUGGACGAGUUGGAAGAAGAGGAGAUGCCGAACGAGGCGCAUCAAUCUGUGGCGGGCUCGGCGACUCCUAUCGCAGCUUGA